AAGUUGAAGAGCAGUCGGCAUUAGUGCUCCUGUGACUAAUACGUAGGCGGGCUAAUUACUAAUUGCGUUAAUAACGUUAGCCAUCGCGUAAGCUGCACUCUUUUUAUCGGACGUUAUGCAAGUUAAGCAUAGAACAAAUAUUAGAUAAAAGUUAAGCAUUAGUUUAAGCAAUGCUGCUGCCCAAGAACUCAAAGCUGCUGCAGCUGCGGUCGAGCCAAAGAAGUUGGUCUCUGUUAUGCCAAAAGCAGCCGCAACGUUACCUACAACAACAGCCAACACCGCCAAAGAGACCAUUUAACCAUCGGGAACUGCUUUGCCCACGGGUUCAGAGCGUCAGCUUUGUAGUGCGAGGUCUUCACCCAGAACCUUGGACAGUCGGCAUGUUUUACUCAAUGUACGCGUACUUGUCGCAUCUGCCGCGCCUGCAUGCGCUUGGCCUGGCGGUGUUUGCCUAUGUGGUCUAUUACCUCAUACAAGUGGUCAAGCGACCCAUAAUAGCUUGCGCCGACGGACCCUUCAAGCAGUAUCUUACCAAGCAAAUGCCCACGCUCGAGCACAAGUACUGGCCCACCUUCUGGUGUGUGGAGAGUCGUGCUCAGACUGUGCUGGCGAGCCUGCUGCGCUCACAGAGUCUGCCGCGUGUAAACUAUCGCAGAGAAAUACUCAGCUUAAAGGAUGGCGGAGAGGUGGCCUUGGACUGGAUGGAAGAGGGCUGCAAAGAGCAUGCACCUUGCGUGCUUAUCCUACCUGGCCUAACAGGCGAAUCUCAGGCAGAGUAUAUAAAGUGCUUGGUCUUUGCGGCCCAGCAAGUGGGCAUGCGUGUUGUGGUCUUCAAUAACCGCGGCCUCGGCGGCAUUGAGCUAAAGACACCGCGUCUUUAUUGCGCUGCCAACUGUGAGGAUUUGUGCGAGGUGGUGCAGCAUGUGAGCAGCAAGCUGCCCAGGAAUUGCAAGCUGGGUGCUACUGGCAUAUCCAUGGGUGGACUUAUACUGGGCAACUAUUUGGCUCGCAAGAGCGAUGAGGCGCGCUUGCAUCUGUCUGCGGCCAAGAUUAUCUCUGUGCCCUGGGAUGUGCACAAAGGCAGCGCCAGCAUUGAAAAGCCUGUCAUAAAUAAUCUACUGGGGCGUCAUUUGGCUGGCAGCCUGUGCCGCACGCUGCGCAAUCAUAUGGAAAUUUACAGGGAAAUCUAUCAGGACUCGGACAUUGAUAUACAGCGUAUACUGCAAUGCAAGACCAUCAAGGAGUUUGAUGCUUUGUUUACCGCCAAGCAGUUUGGCUAUGCGCAUGUCAAUGAUUACUAUUCGGAUGCAACGCUGCACAAUAAGCUGGAUCAUAUCUCGGUGCCUUUGCUGUGCCUUAGUGCUGCCGAUGAUCCCUUUCAGCCAUUGGAUGCCAUACCAAUUAAGGCGGCCAAUCAAUGCACUCAUGUGGCCAUUAUAAUUACCGCACGUGGUGGACACAUUGGCUUUCUGGAGGGCAUGUGGCCGUCGACUAAGGAUCAGUACAUGUGCCGCAUGUUCACCGAGUAUUUUAGCAAGGCGCUCUUUGAUGAGGACGGUGAAUUUCAGCAUGCAUCCAACCAGAUGCAGCAGCGCUAUCUUGCCAAACAGCCAAUGGAGCUGCUUGAACAGAAACUUAUGUAGUUCCUAAAAGCGUUAGAGCUGAAGCUGAAGAUUUGUGAUAAUCAGUGGAACCAAAAUCCAAAGUGUUAAAUCUACUAGAGCAAUUGAUUAAUUAGUCAGGCAAAUUUAAAUUAUAUAAUAGACGUAUUAGGCACAUAUCAGAAACGAAAUGCUUUUUUCCUCAAUUGUUAGAAAAGCUGUAAAAUGAAUUGUCAAAAAUGUUGUACAAAUCAUAAUUGAAAUUGUGUUGAGCACCUGUUUAAAUGUCCAAUGCAACUUCACUUAUCGUCUUUGGCCAUUUGUCAAUUCAAAAGAGUUAGCAAGCCCUAAGCUCUGCUCUUAGCCAAGAUAAAUCUUACUAUGACACAGUACAAUAAUCUUUAUGCAACAUAUAUAUAUAUAUAUUUUUUCAAAUUCCAGAUAAUAUAUAUAUUUAAUCAAUAAUAAAAAUAAAACGCUUAACAAAAAACACUACAAAUGAAUAGUUGAAAGGGGCUUAUAAAGCUAAAUUUUUAUAUAAAAAAAGUACCACUCCCUCCUCCCUAGGAUUAAAUGGGCUUGUAGAGCAGCGUAGUAACAUAUUUUUUGCGAUAACGAUGCGUGGCGCUGAGCA